AUGAGAAUUGCCGUUCUUCUCGCGCUCAUUCUCCUCUCAGAAGGCGUCACGUCGAUGAUGUGUCCAUCGUUUUUCAAUGGAACCGCUGACAAAUGUGAUGAGAUUCAGUGUUUGAACGGCGGUUUCGUGAAUUCCGACAAGACCGUGUGCAUUUGUCCGCCCGGAUACCUGGGGAUUCACUGUGAAGCGGGUAGCUAGCUAGCGAGCGCAUAUUGGUUUUGGUAUCAAAUUUGCAAAGUUUACAGUCAAAACGUCGUUGCCGCCGGAGAAUCAGUUCCGAACCAGUGAGAACUCGUUCAAUAUUAUCAACAUCAACUUGCUCACCCAAUUCUGGGGCUUCAAAACGUACUCAAAUAUUCGGGCGGUAUGAUGUUGUGACGAAAUUCGAGUGACCAAACAUUAAUUCAGGCACUGUCUAAUCACUUCACCGCCUUUGCAAACGGGUAUGUCAAGUAUAACCUGCUGGAGACAAACUCAAACAGCGUGCCUUAUCUGGACGGUUUUGACCUGCCACAGUACGAUAGUGGGUUAUAGUAAUCUUUUGAAAAGUGGUAGGCUCAAAUGAACGUGCUUUCAGUUCAAUUUGCCGAUGUCGUGAACACUGUGAACUUUUCCCUUUCCGAGCCAACUGACACGGGACUGUACUGGUGUUACCAAGUGCCCAUCUACGAGCAGAUCGUCAGUCUGAUCCGGUCGGAGUCGUUGCGAAACACGGUCAUCUCGAUCGUCACCCAACAUCCUCCGAGCUUCGAUGGCUUCGCAGACGCUCGCGAGACGGCGUUGGCGUUCGGAGUUCGCGUCAAUGUGCUCUGGAUCAGCGACAAGACUUUUAUGCGUUGCGAGCCGGACGAAGUGACCGCGUUCAAGAGUUUUGUGGAUAUCACCGGAGGACUGUUCGUGCAGUUGCGAGCAAAAGAUGGCGAUGUGGACACUCAGACGGUAAUCCGGGAUUCUGGGUUACUGUAGGCAUGACAACUCAUUUCAGCUGAUCACUCAAGUGCUUCAAACGCACUACAAGCCGCAAUACGUGUCAAUUCAAUCGUUUCCGGAUUGCUCGGGAGCCGGAAACUCAGUGCCAGUGGUCAUUGAUCCGAACGUUCAGGGACCGUACAACUUUUUCUUUCUGGGAGGUAAGCGAUCGUCCGUCCGUACACCCGCAAUCGAUGCAAUUCAGACAACGCGAACCCGUCGCAGUCCUCGUUCGUCUCGUGCUUUCUCCGCCAGCCGGUCCGCUCGUUCGACAACCAGUUGGCCGUGUUCCAGAGUCCCGAUCCGACGUGCUCCUCGCUCACCAUCACCACCUCCUCCGGCUCUUGCACCGCCAUCGUUUUCACCAACGCCGCCCCGAGCGGUCCUCUGGAUCUGGCCAUUUACACCACUUAUGUCGAAGAUCAGUCCAUCGACUCUUCCCGUUACGCCAUCAUCGAAUCGGUCCCCUUCUAUCCCGCUUUCCACGUGGAAGCUGCCACUUCUAGUAGCGGCUCCCAACUCAUUGUCAACUCGAUUUUCGGAUCUGAUUUGAGUGCGGGACUCACGCAGAGAAGCCCUGCUGCGUACGAAUGGAUUACCAAUGUAAAAUACUGACUGACCUAUGGAGUCCAAUGAGGACUAUUUCAGAAACCGUUCAUCUGUAACGCUGGCGAAACACAAUCCUUGUUUCUCAAUAUUUCCGUGGAUUCUAGUGUUGUGCAGAGAGCAGUGAGGGUUGCCUGUGUGUCACUCCCUCCAGUUACCACUGUUCCCGUGGAUACUACAACAUCCGAGGCAGCCAGCACUUCUUCACGUCCGCUUUCCACAUCUACAGUUGGAGUUGAAAGUUCAACUUCAAGUUCCGCAAGCUCUUCAAGCGUCAGCACUGAUGUUUCUGGAACUUCUGUCACAUCUACAACAGAUUCUUCAAGCUCCUCAACAGUCCCCGAUACUUCUUGCCAUCAGCCGGCCAUCAAGUACACUUUCCUCUUCGCCUACUCCACCGAACUCGACGCCAGUACCUAUGGACUUGUGUCGGCUACCGUAAUCCAAGCGCUCAAAAACUAUCCGUACAAUGGAACGAUCUUAAGAGAUGCGUACUUGGACUCGACUAACGCGACCAUUCAAAAACCAUCGGAUAUUGUGUGAGGAAAGGGUAAUGGCCGCCAAACCGAACAUCUGAUUUCCAGUGUCUUCUCGUCGGACCUUCAAGCCAAACUACCGUCGGCUGAAAAUGCGCUCGGAGAGAAUUCGGGUUCUAACGCCGUCUCAAUCGUCGAAUCCCUCAUUGCGACCACCGAUUCACUUGAGAACUCGGUGAUCCUUCUGCUUCCGAAUCGUCUUCCAACUGCGACAUCUUCCGAUUUGAGCGUUACAACCUACACGGACUUUGUCAACAAAAAUGUGAAAGUGUUCACGGUGAUCAGUCUCGCGUCUCUGAUCGGACAAUAUUCCGGAAGAACCGGCGCGUAUUUCAAUAAACAGGCGGCAAGUACGAACGGCCAUUACAUCGUGGCAAAUGAGACGAUCGGAAGGGAUGUGAACUCGGAUUACAAUAAGGUGAUUUUUUACCCAUAGCAAUUCUGUGAAAUGUUUUCAGAUUGUGUCCCAAGUCAUGCAGUUCGGCUACGGUCAGGAUUUGCUGUUCAGUCGGAACAUUGGAAGAGAUCGUCUUCAAAACGACAUUGGAACCGUUCGAAUUCCACACUCGGAUUCCGGAUUUGUUAACGUCACUAUUACAGUAUCUUUGUCGGUUGUUGACAGUAAGUUAGUGAUGUAAUGCCGCGUCCAAAGUCUCGGAAACGCCGCAAAUCUCGCGGAUUUUGCAGUCCAAAGUCGGCAGAAGUUUGCGGGAAAUCCGGGGUGCGCACAGCUGAACGAGUGUUACCGUACACCAUUAAACUACGGUAUUUUAUGAAAAUUUACCCAAGAAUAUUCUCGAGAAAUUCAAAUUUUUUUCAAAAAAAUACCGUUGAAAAAUUUACCCAGGAAAUUUAAAAAAAUUUCAAAUAUUCUCGAGAAAUUUAAAUUUUUUUUCAAAAAAAUACCGUUGAAAAAAAUCACCCAAGAAAUUUGAAAAAAAUUUCAAAUAUUCUCGAGAAAUUUAAAUUUUUUUCAAAAAAAUACCGUUGAAAAAUUUACCAAAGAAAUUUGAAAAAAAUUUCAAAUAUUCUCGAGAAAUUUAAAUUUUUUUCAAAAAAAUACCGUUGAAAAAUUCACCCAAGAAAUUUGAAAAAAAUUUCAAAUAAUUCUUGAGAAAUUUAAAUUUUUUUAAAAAAAUACCGUUGAAAAAUUCACCCAAGAAAUUUGAAAAAUUUUUCAAAUAUUCUCGAGAAAGUUUUAAUUUUUUUUCAAAAAAAUACCGUUGAAAAAUUCACCCAAGAAAUUUGAAAAAAAUUUCAAAUAAUUCUUGAGAAAUUUAAAUUUUUUUAAAAAAAUACCGUUGAAAAAUUCACCCAAGAAAUUUGAAAAAAAUUUCAAAUAUUCUCGAGAAAGUUAAAUUUUUUUCAAAAAAAUACCGUUGAAAAAUUUACCCAAGAAAUUUGAAAAAAAUUUCAAAUAUUCUCGAGAAAUUUAAAUUUUUUUUCAAAAAAAUACCGUUGAAAAAUUCACCCAAGAAAUUUGAAAAGUCUCCAAUAUUCUCGAGAAAUUUAAAUUUUUUUAAAAAAUACCGUUGAAAAUUUACCCAAGAAAUUUGAACAAUUUCAAAUAUUCUCGAGAAAUUUCAAUUUUUUUCCAAAAAAAUUCCGUUGAAAAAUUCACCCUAAGAAAUUUGAAAAAAAUUUCAAAUAUUCUCGAGAAAUUUAAAUUUUUUUCAAAAAAAUACCGUAGCUUUAUGGUGUACGGUAACACUCGCUCAGCUGUGCGCACCCCGGAUUUCCCGCAAAUUUCUGCCGACUUUGGACUGCAAAAUCCGCGAGAUUUGCGACGUUUCCGAGACUUUGGACGCGGCAUAAGAAACUUGAAACUAGCGUAACCAUUUUCAGCCAACGCGCCAAGCCCUCCGAACCGUCUUCUUUUGGCUUUCAAGCCUCCAGUCGGCUUCGACACUCCAGCAAUUCCUAUCAACUUUCUGACUGACUCAACUGUCACCCGAUAUGUCUGUGUCAAGCAUCUUCUGUAACUUUUAACGUUUCGUUCAGGACUCCUCGAACUUCUACAUCACGACAAUAUCGAUUCCGGCCGGAAAUGAUCAUGAUUUAGUUCUUCAAUACGUUCCGAACAACGACGAGAACGACUUGUUGAUCCGAAUGUGGACCGAUAGAAACACGUACCAUACCGCUGACUACGCGGAUCUUUCAAUGAAGCCUAUCGAUCCCAAUGACAAGGAAGGCGCCGCUUUGAGAAUUACUGUGAAGAACAGUUGCUACGAAUCCUCGGACAGUCCGGCCCGCAUUCUCAUAACCGAUUGUAAUGGCGAUGUGAGCACAGUCUACGAUACCGAUCAGAGCACUGUGAGCAAUUUGACGGCGAGUGACCGACCCGGAAAGUAUUUCGCGUUUGUGCCAUUCUUCUGUAAUCAGCCAUCGACGAGUGAAAGUUGCAUUUCUGGAACUGAGAAUAAGUACGAUGUGCAGGUUGUUUGGCGCCCGAUCGUAACUAAUAAUGGCCGAAUUUAUAGUUCAAUUUUGACGACUACUCGGUCACCAGAUCCUUCUUGUGUUCCAAGUCUUCAGAAGCCUUCGAUCCAAAGUGCACCAAUCAGGACGUCUACGGCAACUAUCAGUGUACCGGCAACAGUCCAUUCAUGCGAGGUCCGACAGGAAAAGUGGCCGACUGUACCAGCGCUAAAAACGGGCGGCUUGUGGUGAACUAUGGUGAGGCUCCCGGCGAAGAGACGUACUCAUGCGACUGUUAUGGAGACUAUCAGCCGCCGAAUUGUGCAGCAGGUUUCUUUUUCCAUAUAGCUCUAAAAUUAGUGAAUUUGUAGCCUCUUGCUCCGACCCUAACACUGACCCAUUGGCGAAUGACAACAGCUGGCGUACGUUCACAAUCGUUCUGGUCAUCGAUGCGGGCGUUUCGACGUUCUCCGUCGUCCAAGAAGACGUCGCACAAUUUCUGCGACUCGAAGCGGCGAUCCCGUCGAUUUGGAAGUAUCAGCUGCUCACCUAUUGUGCUGACGGAUCCGUCACGAAUCUCUAUUCUGGCGGCGCGUUCGACAAAUUCAACGCUUCUCUGUUGACCACGUCAAACGUGGAGUGCAGCGCGCCAGCACAACCGGGAGCCGUCGAUUUGACGAAGGUGUAUCAAACAGCUGUGCGGGGUUUGGGAAGAAACGUUCGCGGACUGAUCGCACUCUACACCGAAAGCUCGGAGAUGAUCGGCGUGGAUUUGAGCGAUUUUAUCGCCGCUUCACGAACGUAUCGUCAGGAAUUGUUCGUGUUCACUGGAACCGACGCAUCGCUUGUCAAGUUGAAUGACUCAAUUUCUGAGGCGGCGUUGUCUACUGGAGGCUUCCUCGUGCAAACGUUGAUUUCAAGUUCAUCCUAUCUACUAACCAUUGAUAAAACAGUAAGUCCGGAUGUCAAAUGUGCACCUAAAACAACAAAAGUUUGUAGUUUGUGCCAUCAAUCCUCGCCGGAAAGACUUCUCUCGCCUACUUAUCCACUCAACAGUCGGAUUCUUUCAACGUCCAGGUGACUGCCACUGGUACGGUUGUCUAUGUCGUCACUUGGGGAAGUGGAGACCAAUUUUCGAUUGGUAAGAAGUGGACAAAAAACGUUUUAGACGUCUAACUUGUAGACAACACAAAUUCUGUGGACAGAACUGACUGUCAGUCUGCGGGCAACAUCAUGGCUAUGUGCAGGUUGACAAAUCAGCUUACAUACAAGGUAUGCUGAACUAAAUUCUGUUGCCUACAUUUUAAUUAUUAAAAGUGGUGUCCAACGUGACAUACAACAAAUUUUUAAAAUAAACUUCGAAGUGGGGCAUUCACUUUCCCAAAGUCUCGAAUUACGAAAAAAAAAUUCCCGGAUUUUUAAGAUUUUUUUCAAAAAAGUUAAUGGUACCGAGAGAGAAGUACACGGCGAAAUGGAAGAGCUGGCCUAGAUUUUUCUAGUCCCCUGAUGGAAUACCCAUUUCUUCCGAUUUUUUUCCGUUUUCGCGCAAUUUUUUAAAUUUUCAAUCGUUUUUUUUAAUGAACACACUUAUUUGCACUAUUUGAGAAAAAUUUAUAAUUUUUUCUGUGCCGUGACGCUAAAAAAAUCGAUAAUCUGAAACUUUUUUGUGUUGUUUUUUCAGGUUUUUCGCUCAAUUUUCGGUCGGCGCGCUGAAAAAUAAAUCGAAAGAGAUCGCUCAAUCAUUUUCUUAGUCUUAAUUAAAGUUUGCGAGUUACAGAAAGUUCUAUUUUUCAAAGUAAUGCGAAAAAUCCAAAACUUCCCAUUUUCGGUUUUACAAAAAGUGGCUGAAUUUCUGCAUUUUAAAAGUUUCAUAUUAUCAAUUUUUUUGGCGUCACGGCACAGAAAAAUAAUGAAAAAUAAUGAAAAUAAUGAAAAAUAAGAAAAAAAAACGCCAAAAAAAUAAUAAUUUUUUUUUUAAAUAUUGCAAAUAAGUGUGUUCAGUGAAAAAACAAUUGAAAAUUUAAGAAAAUUGCACGAAAACGGAAAAAAUCGGAAGAAAGGGGAAUUAAAUCCGGGGACUAGUAAAAUCUAGGCCAGCUUUUCCAUUUCGCCGUGUACUUCUCUCGGUGCCAAUAACUUUUUUGAAAAAAUCUUAAAAAUCGGGGAAUUUUUUUUUUUGGUAAUUCGGGACUUUGGGAAAGUGAAUGUCCCACUUCGAAAUUUAUUUUAAAAAUAUGUUGUAUGUCACUUUUACAGUUCAACGCUGCCUCGUCUGACACUCCGUACACCGUCGCCGUAUUCAUCACCAACGAAGACGACCUGUCGCCGAGUUUCCAAAUUAUUUCCGAUCUCGGACAAGACGCGUCGAACGCGGUCUCCACGUCCACUUCCGACACGCGAACGAUCGUCUCGAUGUACGUACCUCCCCAGUAUGUAAUUGUGAACAACGACGGAGAUGGUGGGCUCACGAGAACCAUCAAAAGGACCGAAUGCCUGUUCGGCUACACCGCCUACAGUGUUUUUGCUAAUAGCAAGUACUCUGCCGGAACGAAUACUGCCGUGGUUGGUUGAGGAAUUUCAGAAUUUGGUUAAUAAAUCCUUUUCACAGAUAACCCUUCAAAAGGCCGAUGCAAAUGCCGCUGAUCCCAAGUACACUAGAUACUUCGCGUUCGGAACUACCGAUUCUCCAAGUUGUCAGAACAACGGGACCGUCCUAGCAUCCAGCGGCUCUUGCGCGUGUCUCGACGGUUUCCAAGGCCCCGAUUGCUCUCUGGUUGCGUGCUCGCAAAGCUCGGUGGCCAAUGCGUGGGCGGAUGUUUGUGUGUGCUCGGAGAUCGAUGACGUCGCAUGUGCCAACAGAUACUCUCGUUUGUUUUACUAA